AUGCCCACCAAUGCCAACCAGACGUAUUCUUAUAGCUCUGUUGACACACAUGUGGGAAAACAUUUGUUUGACAAAACUAUUGGAAGAAAUGUUACAAAUAGAGUCUCUAUUUUGCCAAAUGUGGACCAAAUUGUGGUCAUAAAGAAUGGAUACGUCUCUGAAUUGGGAACAUUUGAAGAAUUAAUUUCAAAAAAUGGUUAUUUUGCCGAAUUUGUGACCGAAUAUCUGUCCCAACAAUCGGACAAUGAACUCAAAAAUGAAGACAUAAAAAUUGAUAAUAAAUUAAGAGAUAGAAUGAAAUAUUUGGUUAAUAAAGUUAUUAAUCAAACAAAUGGCAGAAAUGAAUGGAAAAAUCUAAUGAAACAAAUGUUAAAUAAUUUGAGAGAAAAACAAUUAAAUAAUAUAAAAGAAGAAAAUAGUAUUAAAAAACAAUUAUUGGUUAAAACGAGUGGAAAGCUAACCGAAACCGAGAGCUCAGAGACGACUUCUGUUGGACUCAAAAUAUACACAAAAUAUAUGACUUUUAUUGGUUUUUGGUUUUGCGCCGUAAUUAUUGGCUCAUCAGUCGCCUCAACAAUGGCUCAAAUAUUAUCGGGUUUUUGGCUGAGCGAGUGGUCCGACGACUCCCUCGACUCCAACGCCAUAAAUGACACAAAUGUUCGUUAUAUACGACUUGGAGUUUACGCCGGAAUCGGUGUCUUUGACACUGUUUUCACAUUUAUUUCGCAAACAUUUAUUAGUUUUGGAUGUAUUGGAGCCGCAAAACAAUUGCAUAACAUUAUGUUGGAUAGGAUUAUAAGGGCGCCAAUGAUUUUUUACGACACGACACCAAUCGGACGAAUUCAAAAUCGGUUCAGUCGUAACAUGGAUUCAGUCGAUGGAUCUCUUAUACUAAGUCUUCGGCUGACAAUAUCAGUCAUUUUGAGAGCAUUUGUCGCCUUUUUUCUCAUUACAUUUCAAACACCAUUACUAUAUAUUCGGAGUUCUCGUCAACUCAAACGCAUUGAGUCGACCACUCGUUCCCCUAUUUAUAGUCAUUUCAGUGAAACAGUUAGCGGUUCCGCCAGUAUUAGAGCGUAUGGAGUGUCCCAUCAGUUCAUACAGGAGUUUAAUAGACGUGUCGAUGAAAACCAUAUGUGUUAUUAUCCAAGUUUUACAGCCGCCCAAUGGCUCGCAAUCAGACUUGAAUUCUUAGGCAACUGUCUUGUAUUUGUAACGGCAAUAUUUGCUGUGUAUUACCGCUUCAAAUUAAGUGCUGGUAUUGCGGGUCUGGCUAUGAGUUAUUCCCUUAAUAUAACCCGAUGUCUAACAUUUUUAGUGGAUUCGAUGUCAAAUGUCGAAACUAAUAUCGUUUCGAUUGAGAGAUGUCUUGAGUACACUGAAACUCCGAUAGAAGGCAGUCAAUUAAUUCCAAUCGUGCGGUUUUCGGCGGAAUGGUAUAAUGAAGAGACAAAACCAUCGCCCGAUUGGCCGGAAAGGGGAGAAAUAAAAUUCAAUGAAUACAGCACUAGAUAUAGAGAAGGAUUGGAUUUUGUGCUCAAAAAGAUUACAUUAGAAGUAAAGCCCAAAGAGAAGGUGGGAAUAGUCGGCAGAACGGGUGCCGGAAAGUCAUCGCUAACUCUGGCGCUCUUCCGACUCAUAGAACCGGUCGACGGAUCCAUACGUAUAGACUCAGUGGACAUCAAAACACUGGGUUUAUAUGACUUGAGGUCUCGGUUAACAAUUAUACCUCAAGACCCGGCGCUCUUCACCGGAACAUUACGUCUCAAUUUGGAUCCAUUCAACCGAUACUCAGACACUGAUAUCUGGAGGGCCUUAGAGUCGGCGCAUCUCAAGACAUUUGUGGACACUUUGGAGAAAGGAUUGAGUCAUGAGAUCUUUGAAGGCGGAGAAAAUCUAAGUGUUGGACAAAAACAGUUAAUAUGUUUGGCCAGAGCUCUGUUGAGGAGAACUAAGAUCUUGGUGUUGGACGAGGCGACCGCUGCGGUUGAUAUGGAAACGGAUGACUUAAUCCAAGAGACGAUUAGAAAAGAGUUUUGUUUGUCAACUAUUGUUACGAUCGCUCAUCGAUUGAAUACAAUCAUAGAUUACGACAAAGUGUUGGUAAUGGAUAAGGGAAUGGUAGCCGAGUUUGAUUCACCCCAUCAUCUCUUGCAAAACACUAACUCUAUCUUCUAUUCAAUGGCUAAAGAAGCAAAUCUCGUUUAA